GUCAUUUCAAUUCUGAAUUUAGUAUGUCUUGUUUUGUACUGUUACAUUGGUCGUAUGGUUAGUUACCAAAGUUCUAUCAGGUGUGAAGACAUUGACUGAUGUUAAGAUUGAUGGUUUGGGUAUGAGGGGUACUGGUAUCGAGAGCUACUUUUCUGCUCCUUCUUGUUUGAUGUCCACUCCGUAUGUUAAGUCUAAUGAGACUGUUGGACUUGUACCUUCUACGAGCAACAAUGAGGCAACCUUGGCCAUACCAGACUUAACCUUUGAAUCUAUUACAUCUCCUGUAUUUGACUCUUGCAAUAUCGUUCCAUGCAGUCAAAGUGAUGUACAACUGCUUGGUGAUAAACAGAGCUCUCGUGUAACUGUUGUGAUUGAUGAAGACAUUGAAGAUCUACAAGGGCGUGAGACUUCCCAUGGGGUUGCAUUACAAGAGGCAGCGUCAUCACCUGUACUUAUUCCUGAUGCAAUAGAAAGUCGUGCUUUAUGUGAGUCUCCAACAAGCUCUAAGCACGAAGGGUUGGAGUCACAUAGAAGUGCUAGCAAAUUUAGAACACUUGAUGAUGAUCAUGUGACAGUACCUAACGAUACUGGAAUUCCGGUGACUGUCCCAAUUGUCAGCGAAGAUAUCAGUGGAACAUCGCAGAACCAACUCGAUGACACUUUGAUCUCGUUCAGUCCUGACCAGAUUUGCUUUUGUGAUGUCUGCUGUGUGGGCUCUUCUCUAACCGAACACGUCUCUGUGUCCAGUCAGUGUGACAGAUGGUUGCAGCUUCACAUCAAUAUAUCCAACACCAACAGAACGGGCUGGAAGGCAAGGAGUGACAACAAAAGAGCAUUUUCAAUGACGAGUAGGAUUACUGUUGGGCCUUACACAACGGAAGACAUCAAGGUUUUGUUUAGCCCAUCAGUUGAGGGAUCCUACUUUGCAAUUGUGAGGAUUACUCCAUCUCCUUUGGUUGCUUCGUCAUUUCCUGACUUCAAAGCUGCUCCACUGAUGGUUGCUGUGGAAGCAGAAGCAGAAGAACCAUGCAUCAAGCUGGAACAUGAUACUGUUGACUUUGGCAAAGUUCCAAGUGGAAACUCCAAACUGCUGCCUAUUAGGGUACUAAACAGUGGACGCUCAACAGUGCCCCUGUGGUUGAUGAUAACAUCGCAUUACACUGCUUGGCAUUGCUUCUCUUUUGUGCCUUCGGAUUGUCAUUCACUGUCCUCUGAUUCUUCUCAUCUCAACCGACCUGUGGAGUUGGUUCACUGCUCAUUAGCGCCAUCACUAGAUGUCAGUCGAUUUCCUGCUCGAUCGUAUAGCCUUGCCACUUGCAACGUGCCACCAUCAUCGGCAGAAGAUCCGUUUACGAUUUGGCUGCAAUUUGUAGCUCCACUGAAUGACGGUUCAACGAAGAUACUGUCUGGUGCAGUUGAUGUUCGACUGAAUGCGAUUAAGCUGGGUAGCUGUGUAGGGAAGGUCACUUUGAAGGGCGAAGUCGGAGUAUCUAAACUCGAACUUCCCUUGACAGCUUUUUCGAUGUCCUGUGAAUUGGGGAAGGUCGUGUCUCGGUCUGUUCUUGUUACUAAUGCUGGAAGUAUGACUGCUAACGUUAAAGUCGAGUUGUCAUCACCGUCAGCUGCUUUGUCAGCUUAUCCUAGUUCUCUUUCCAUUCAACCAGGACAAAGUAGCCAUGUUGAUAUGUCAUUUUCACCAACGAGUGAAGAGAAUGUAGCGGAGAGGGUCUUGCACUUGACUGUGGAAGAAUCACGAGACAGAUAUGAUGUGUUGGUGAGAGGCACAGGAGCUACUGAAAAGCAGUCGUUUCCACUAGGAUGCGAUGUUCCAUUUCUUCACUUUGGAGGAGUAAACAUGAAAUCAGCAAAGCAGUCGAAGCUUGUGUUGCAGAAUAUGUCAGAGAAUAAAAUGCUAGAUCUAGAGAUUGAAGUUGAGAAACACCAGGCAAACUUCCAGAUACAGAUGAAAAGUGGGAAGACUGCUGGACUCGUUUCUUCUAUUCGGAUUACAUUGCAACCGAAGGCAACAAGAACAAUUGAAAUGACAUUUAUUCCGACACGACAUCAACUCGUCCAGUCGAACCUGAUUGUGCGGACAGUUCCACGUCAAGGAAUGAGAUGCACGGUACCGCUGUUGGGUUAUGGAGCCAUCAGUCAAGUAGUGGCAACAAACACAAAGAAAUCAAACCAAGGAGAAAGGAUUCACAUGGGCGAGGUUAAAGUUGGCGAGCAACGUGUCAGUGUUGUCAAGCUACACAAUAUCGGCUACAGAAGUGCUUAUGUGAAGGCAGUUUGCUUGUCAGAAUGCCACGUAAUUACCGUAACACCGGCAGAGUUCAUCCUCCACCCUCAUGAGUUGAAGGUAUGUGUUUGUAUUGUGCCAUAUGAGUAG